UCAGACAGAAGCUACUGUUCAGCAACAACAUGAAUACUCAGGAUGCUGAGAGGAUAUCUAGCUGCUGCAUCUUCCUGGAAUCUCCUGCUGAGUUAGCUGACUUAAACCACUGCAGGUAUCUACUGAUUUCAUCAGAAUAUAGCCACAAAAUCCAGCCUAAGAAGCAGCCAACAUGAUGAAAGAAAUUCAGACGUGCUUGUGUGUCACCUUUCUAUUUGCAUUUGGAAUAGUUUAUGAACUGUCCCAAGAGCCAGAUUGCUUCUUUUUCUGCAAACCAAUUUCCAGACAUUUCCUGAGACCCAAAGAUGUCAUGUCCCAGGGCAGAAGUAUCAUCUUUCUGGAGACAACUGAUCACCUGCAACCUUCUCCACUUGUUUUAUGUUCUGUGGAAUCUGCUGCCAGAGUUUAUCAAGACAGGCCCAUCAUUUUCUUUAUGAAAGGACUGAACAGUAAUACAUUGUCAGAUAUUAAAUCUUCUUACCCCUCACUUUUCUUCUUAUCAACUAUGAAGAAUGUUUUCCUUUUCCCUCUUCAGAUGGACAUUUUAUUCCAGGACACACCUCUAUUGCCAUGGUAUCUUCAGGUCAAUACAACAAAGGAGAAGCACUGGGCCUUUAUUAUUUCUGAUGCAAUCAGACUUGCAGUACUGUGGAAAUAUGGUGGAAUUUAUAUGGACACAGAUGUUAUUUCCAUCAAACCUAUCCCAGUGGAUAACUUUUUAGCAGCUCAAUCUUCCCAAUUCUCCAGCAAUGGGGUCCUUGGUUUUCAGCAUCAUCAUUGGUUCCUCUGGGACUGCAUGAAAGAUUUUGUUCAUAAUUACAAUGGAGACAUCUGGGGAAAUCAGGGACCUUACUUAAUUACAAGAAUACUAAAGAAGCUAUGCAAUCUCAGAAAUUUUGAGAAUAUGGAGGACCAUGUAUGCUACAACAUUUCCUUUUUGCACCCUCAACGCUUCUACCCCAUCCCUUUUGAAGUAUGGACAAAAUACUACGAAGUAUGGAACUCAAAGCCAGAGUUCAGUCAUUCCUAUGCUUUGCACUUAUGGAACUUCAUGAACCAGAAAGAGAAAAAGAAUGUGACCCUUGGAAGCAACACACUUGUUGAAAAACUGUUCAGAAUAUAUUGUCCUACUACAUAUAGGAGUCUGUUCAAGCUACACAAGAUUCAGUUGCCUCAAAAUAAAACAAGUUAAGGGUGUAAUCCCAUUACUUCUGUAACAGAACUCCAGGAACUCUGGGAAGCCCCUCCUCUCUUCUUACAUGCAUGCAAAUCUCUGAUGCUGGAUAUUUGAAAGACCAGGAAAUCAUGACCUCCAAAACCCCCAACAGAACAUAGUAAGUUCUGGGUGGGCAGUGACAGAAGGAACCAAAGGCAAUUAAGGCUCCCCCCACCAAUCCAUUAUGCUACUAACACUCAAUGGGAGUUUAGGCCAGCCACUCGACUGCUCAGAAACAUAUGAAAUAGGAGGUGAACUUUUCUCCCCUGUACAGAACAGGAGUGCUCUAAUCUUACCUUGGGCUUUCUCUAUAAUUCCUGCAUAUCACAACUGUGAUUUGAAACUCAGUAAUCCUUCAAAUAUUAAUUUGGCAAUCUUCAAAGAUAAUAUUUAACACUUUCAGAAAUACAAAGAAUUAAUGAGCUAUAUAAUUAGGAAUGGUAUUUGAGCCCAAGAAAUAUACAGCUUCUUUUUAGGAUUUUCCAAAGUAAAUCUUCUCACCAUUUUCCUUUUACACUAGAAAACUAAAGGCUAUAUUAUGGUGAAGGCCAGCACUCAAUGUUGUAUGGGAAGCAGGCACAUGCAAUAGCAAUGGCCUAAUUUUGCUAAGGAUGGAGUUUUAUUGCUUUAAAAACAAAAUAAAAGUAAUACUUUAAAUUGUAUGUUAUUGAUAUUUGAUUUAGUAAAUAUUUUUAUGGAAACCCAUCUUUGAACAGGGAUGGAAAAUUGCAAAUCAGAGAUAAGAUGGGUAACUGGGGAACCCUUUUGUCAUAGCUUCUAGUACCUCUACAAAAUCACUCAUGGCUUUGAACUGGCAAAGAGGACACAAUGCGAGGAAUCCUUGAAGACAGAUUUGUGCUUGGAGCACGAGCUGUGAACUUAAAUGUAAUUUAUUUCUAUUGCUUUAAACAGCAACCUAUGGAAUGUUUCUUUUAUCACUUUUCUUUGAUGAAAGUUUAUAAAAUCUUCAUUACUUAUAUCAUUUGCAUCUUCAGGAGAUGCCCACUGCACCUUUACAACCACAUUCCAUAAUGUGCAAUUGCAAUAUUAUCUCUGGCUAUUGAAAAAUAAUAAUUUCAUUUUUCAGUAAUAGCUGAAGGCAGUAAUGGUAAUGAAACUUAGAAGCCAGGAACCUGUGGUAUCUUCACAUCAGAUGAAUUUAUAUUUAAAGCUGGGGAAAAAAGACUAGGAAUGGAAUAUAUUGUCCAGAGCAGGUUUAUUUUCUAUUUGAAAUGUUUUCCCAAUAGUGCACUUUAGCACUGCUGAGACAUGCUUUUUCACAUAGAUCUAUUUUAAUUGGUACUUAAUACAGCACUAUAUUCCUGAUAACAAACCAGCUGCACUAAAUCUCUCCAUGAACAAGAUCAUAGUUACUAGGAAGAAUGUCCCAUAUGAUGUACUUUGCAAUAUUUGUUCAGCCAAUUUCCCACUUCAGGUAGACUUAUGCCAUAUAUACAUGCACACAUGUCCCUUGGAACCAGGCUCACUGGCUUGGUCAGUGGAUUUGUGCUCCUCAGAAACUGGGACUGGCUCCUCACUACUCCUUCAGACUCUCCUUGAAUCUUCUGAAAUCUUAGAUGUGUUUUCCAUUUGCAA